UCCCGCCCGGAUUUUCGCGGAUUAGCGCGCCACCGUUUAAAUGGGCGAGCGGGCGCCACGCUGUUCAGUCGCUGUGCGCGCCCCCAACUCUCCCCAACCCGCUCAGACGCCCUUUGAGGGAAGCGCGCGUCGUCGCCCGCUGGCCAUUUGCCCACGCACUAAACCGCUCCCAAACUAGUCCGGUCGCGUCUUCUUUGCUCUUCUGCUCCGCGGGUGCCAACCACUGAACCAACACGGAUUACUUAAUGCGGCGUUGCGCAAACUACUCCACACAUACAGGGUGAGACGCGCCCAUUUUUGACCGGAGGGGAGGCUGCAUUGCUGCCGUUCUGAUCGCUCAGAGCCGCCAUGCACGAGAAGGGGUUCAUCAACAUGUUCAGGGGCACGGCCCCCCAGAUCGUCGCCGUGCUGGGCAGUACAAUCGGGGCGAUUUCCGACGGCAUGCACUACGGCUGGUCGGCGCCCUUCAUGCCCAUCCUCGAAAAGGAGGACUCGCACAUCAAGAUCUCGCACAGUGACGUCACCUGGCUGGAAUCGAUCUACCUCAUAGGCGGCCUGGCCGGCCUGCCAGUGACGAUCUACUGCGUGGAUCGGCUGGGGCGCAAAGCCUCCAUCCUGCUCGCCGCCGUCAUUUCCCUAAUCGCYUGGAUCCUGAUCGCACUCGCAGACGACGUCAUCUACCUGUACGUGGCCAGGUUCAUGGUGGGGCUGUCAGGUGACGUGGCCUUCGUGGCCGCCCCGAUGUACAUUGCGGAGAUCGCCGACAAGCGCAUCAGAGGCUUCCUGGCCGGCGUCAUCUACGUCAUGAUGCUGGUGGGGAUCCUGGUGGUGUACGCAGUUGCGCCGUUCGCCCCGUUCUACGCCUGCUCGGUGAUCGGCUCGCUGUUCGUCAUCAUCCAGCUGGUGACGUUCCCGUUCAUGCCCGACUCCCCCUACUACCUGCUGCAGAAGACGAAGAGCGACAAGGCGAAGCGGCAUCUGAUGCGGCUGCGCACCGGCGAGAACAUCGACAAGGAGCUGGAGGAGAUCACGGCGGCGGUGCUGCGCCAGCGCAGCGAACGCGGCCGCCCCCAGGACCUGGUGCUCUCCAAGAGCAACCGCAAGGCGCUGAUCAUCAUGACGGUGCUGAACGCCGCCCAGCACUUCAGCAGCAUCUCGGUGAUGCUGAUGAAUCUGCACUCGAUCCUCAAGGAGGCCGAGUCCGAGUACGUUUCGUUCGAGAUCGCCGGCAUCAUGUUUUCGAGCUUCAUGCUGAUCGCCGCCACCAUCGCCGACUUUGUGGUGGACAAGUGCGGGCGCAAGGGGCUGCUGAUCAGCUCCAGUCUGCUGAGCGGACUGGCGCUGCUGGUGCUGGCGGUCUAUUUCACGCUGAAGAACAGCGGUCAGGACGUGGGCGGCAUCUCCUGGAUCCCGGUGGCCGCCGUCAUGGUCUACGCCGCCGUCUUCAAGUUCGGCCUCGGCAUCAUCCCGAUCGUGAUGACCGCUGAGCUCUUCCCCGCCAAGGUCAAGGCCAUGGGCAUGACCUUGGCCGACUUCUCCUAUCUCUUCUUCGGGCUGAUCUCGGUCGAGCUCUACCAGCGCCUSAUCGCCGUCUACUACUUGGACCUGCCCUUCUACAUCUUCGCCUCCUCCACGCUGCUCACCGCCAUCUUCUCCUGGUGGUACAUUCCGGAGACCAARGGGAARACGCUGGAGGAGAUCCAGUUCAUCCUCAAGGGGGAGCCGAUUCCGUCGAAGGAGGCGGACCUGGAGAGCAGCGAGGGCGUGGCCGAGGCGAAGGACAAGGACAUCGGGCUGGAGGAGCUGCCCCCCACCAAGGAGCCCGUUUAGUGCCUUAGUUAGCAGGACCGCUCCUGGCCUGGACACCUGUGAUGACGUAGUUUUACGCAAUAAAUCGAAUCCGACAAUA